CCCCCCUUUAGAAGGGUCUGAUAUUUGUCACUGCUUAUCCAACGGAGAAGCACAUUUAAACACAACCAGCAGAAGAAGAGUCCUGACCCUGGUGUUUGGAAAUGCUCACACAUCGAAACUUAAGCAGUCUGUGGCUGCUGCUACUUCUCCAUGUGUCUGGAAGGGCUAGCUCUUUUAAGAUGUUUCUUUUAACCCCUGAGAACAACAAGGUGAAGGAUGGCGAUGUGCGGCUGACUGGCUCAGAGAGCGCCUCAGAGGGCCGUGUGGAGGUCUUCUAUGAUGGGAGAUGGGGAACAGUGUGUGAUGAUCGCUGGGACAUAGCUGAGGCCCAGGUGGUGUGUCGUCAGCUCAAAUUCCCCGGGGCCAAAUCUGUGGUUAUUGGGAAGGACUAUGGACAAGCACCUGGACCUAUUUGGAUGGAUGACCUUAGCUGCGGAGGCGCAGAAGACGCUCUGUCAUCAUGCUCUUUUGGUGGCUGGGGACAAACUGACUGCUCUCACAAGGAGGACGUUGGAGUUAUUUGUGAAACAGGUGACACAAAUACAACUGGCGAUGAUUCUACGCACCCGCUUGACCACAGCAUGAGUUUGUCUGAUGAGCUCGGCCAAAUGUUUGACAGUGGGAAGGGCUGUGAUUUCCUGGUGGUGGUCCAGAGUGCCACUGGAAACAGAAAUGAGGAUGGGACCCUGGAGAUAAGUGAGACACAAAUUUGUACACACAGAAUGAUCCUCUCACAGUUUCCUCCCUUCAAUGCUUCAGAUGAGGCCGCAAAUGUCACAGUGAGGAUCAGCCGACCCUGCCAGCCAUAUUUCACCUCCUUCAUCAGGUACGUUUACACUCGCAAGAUCAGUGUGACCUUCAGCUCGGCUCAGUGCAUCCACUGGUGGGCGUCUGAGUUUGGGAUGAAGCAGCUGAAGGAGGACGCAGGCCGAGUCUUCACUAAGAUCCUCCCAGAAGACGCCUCAUUUCAGACCCAGCUGUCCCUGUACAAAUACGCAGAGGAGACUGGAGACCUGGUGCUCCAAGAGAACUGUAUCCAGUAUCUGGCCUGGAACUAUGAAAAUCUGACCACAUCCCCUGCUUGGACCACCCUCCCUAGUAAGCUUCUCAGAGCCAUUCUGUCUCGCUCAGACGUGGUGGUUGAAGACGAGUAUGUCCUUCUUCAGACUGUCGAGAGCUGGAUCAACGAGAAGGGCAACUCAACCAGUCUGGAAACCAAGGUUGACCUCUUGAGCCACAUUCGAUUUCCAAUGAUCCCAGCUGACAAACUCUAUGAUCUGGAGGUCAACUCCUCCCUCUACAGCACCUUUAAAGACCUGUAUCAUGAAAACAUGUUGAAAGCGUUCCAGUUUAAUGUUUUCAGUCUGAGCAAACUUAGGUCCAACCCAAACUUUAACCAAGACGCAGAUGAUUACAAACCCAGAAUCUACACCUCUCCAACAUGGAGCGCCGCUUUCACUCCCUCAAAUCCAACUCAGUACAGAGAGAGGCAGCGUUAUGGCUAUAGCUAUGGGGACCCUUACUUUUCUUCAUCCUUCACCACACCUAUCCACCAAAAUCUGAUUUUCAAGGACUUCAGGAUUACCUGGUAUGCGCAUGUCCUCAUGAGUCAAUCUGAGUGUUCAAACAGAGGUGUGAGGUGUGCAUCAUUUCCUGCGGCGCGGCUGGUAAACGACAACAACCACUACUUCCAGCAGUACAAAAUCCUCUCCCGUAACCGACUCCUGCUAAUGUGCCAGGGCAAGUACAUCUGUCAGGUUCAAGACUUCAAAGACAAUGUGGCUUAUAUCAGGAAUGGGACCGAGAAUGCUUAUCCCUGUCCCGAUGACCAAUACACAUACCGCUUUGUAGUGAGACCAGAGUACAUCUGAUCCAUUACCAGAGCUGGCAUGAAUCACACCUAAUCAAUUUAUGUGCUUAUUAUCCAAUAGAUCACAAUCGGUACAUUUACAUGCAGGUAGAGAAGGCGAGUUAUUAUGUAUUCUGGCAGAAAACACCAAGAUAAUGUAGUUUAAAGUAAAUCAUGCUGUUGUCAGAUGAGGGAAGAUGCUAUCUAGCAGUAUGAAUAGGAAAAUAUUAGGGAUGUCAUUACCUGCAGCGUCAUUCCGUCAGCAGGUAUGAUAUGAGCCUGAUAUACUCUGUAGAGCAUGGCUAACAGUAGCAAUUAGCUCUGCCAGCUUUUGGUCCCCUUUGAAGAUAUGUGGCCUCUUUGCACAUCGGUUGAGUAGUUAUACAAGAAUUCAAACCACGUCAGCGUACAUACCACUUUAUUUUCAUUUACAACUUAAAAAUGGUAAUACUGUGCUGUUCCUACAACACACUAACUGCUAAACUUCUCGUGUUUAUGCCCAGUAAGGGACAGGAAGGCAGCAGCCAUUAUGCAAAGCUACAGCGGCCUCUAGUGGCGGGAGGUUCAUUACAUUUUUAAAGAGCAUUAGACCGGGAUUUCAAGCCCCUGCAUAUAAAAAAUGAUGAGCAAUUAGUUCAGUUGUACUGCGCCGGCUAAUUUGAUCAACAAAUGUAAGCAUUUAACUGCACACAUCCCUUGCAAUUAUACUCCAAAGUUGAGGAUUCUGCUCGCUGCGCUGUGGGGGUUGUCUGGCGUCUUACAACCAAAAUGUCAAACAUGCCAGACAUCCAUCCGGCCCGACAGGAGCAUCUGGUCUGGCCGUAGUCCGGUCAUGGUUGGCUGUUGUAUCCCUCUGUACACAGCACAAUACACAACUUCCAAGUGAGUCGUGGGACUCAAAAUCUGUGGCUGAACUGGAUUCACAGUGUAUGCUCGGCUUAAGAGAGGUGACCCAGAACCUGAUAGUCGCUCUGACUGAGCUCCAGAGAUCCUGUGUGGAGAUGAGACAAAGUUCCAUCCCUGCAGCCCUCCACUGAUCUAGGCUAUAUGGCAGAGUGGCUAGACAGAAGCCUACCUCGCUGCAAAAUGCAUGAAAGCUUGCUCGGAGUUUACAGAAAUCUCUGUGUGCUUUGCACUGAGGUGAGACUUCUGUCUAGGCCCUCUGACAUAAAGGACAACCGUCCAAUAAAAUAUCUUCAUUGAGCCACAACAAUAGCUCGACUAAACUGUGCAUGUAAACAUACCGACUAAUUCUACAACUUUGAUUUUUUAAUGAAGAUCUUCUCUGAAAAAUCGCAACAUUAGGAACUACAGAUGCUCUUUUUGUAGAAUUCCUUAGAUUUACUUUUUUAAUAUUACUGAUAAAAAAAAUCAGAUUAAUAAUUACUUCCAGCUACAGACUUACCGUUUUAAAGGGGCAUUUAUAAUUUUAAUGAAUUUCAAAACUCACUUCAUGGUUGCAUUUGCCCUAUAUUAGCCAUUUGCAGUAGGAAUCAGUUUUAAACAGAAUUAUCUCACUUUAAUGAUUCAACAUGUGUGUGGACAUAAAGAUCAUUUUUAGAUGUUUCACCUCCUUUACUUUAGUUCUCACCAUUGGUGAUUUUAGACCUUUUUUAGGAGUGCUGGAGCAUCCCUAAAUCUAAUCUCAGCACCCUCAAAUUAGGUGAAGGUGCUCUACCUGAUCUUUUAAAAUUUUACAGAGAUUUUGCAGAUAUCUUAAUUUUACAAUUUAGCAAGCAAAACACCAAAUUCUGGUUGAUUAUCAUGUUUACAUGCCAUGUUUCUGCUUUUACAAAUAAUAAAGAUGCUUUCAAGAA